AUGACUCCAGUCGUCUAUAUUCACGGCCACUUUAACGGUUGUAACCUUGCUCUGGCAGAGGAGCUAAGCAAAUUGAUGCCGAAAACAAAGAUCAUCGAUGAUAAUCUCAAUGUUGAACCUGCAAAAGCGUUUGCCAAAACUCUAGAGGAGUACCGAUGCUUGCGCGUAGCGCUGCGACGGACAAGAUUGCAAUCUAUUUACAAGUCGGAGGAAGCCAGCGAAGCCACAUGGGUCAUGAUCGAUCAAUUUGACCCUGAGGAGAACAGGGGCUCACUUGCCGCCGACUACGAGUUUGCCGCUGUCAUGAGCCACUCGCCACUCAUCUCAAUCAUCCUAAAAUUCGAUGUUGAACUUGCUUGUAAGAGAGCUAGGGAAAGAUUCACGAAUGGCACGGCAAGCUAUGAAAGAGUGAAAGUCCUUGAGAACUUACGCAUCAAAUGUGAAACGGAAGAGGUCUUCCGUUUCCGGAAUAAUUACGAACUUGAGUUGGAUGUGACUAUGAUGUCUCCAACUGAGGCGGCCGAGACGGUUCGAGCUCAUAUUCAGACCGUUAAAAGGCGCCUACAGGCUGAAGAUAGGCGCUCAUGGAUUCGGAUUUAUUAG